AUGGUGUUAACCCAUUCCACAGCAACAGAUGGAACUCAUAUUUUCCACAAUAAAGUAUCAGGGAAUUAUCUUAUUUUAACACUGGGAGGUGGUGUUGAAGUUUCUCAAACCAUUCCAUUUGUUUAUCAAAAUCUUGCCAAUGCAAAAACCAUUUCUUGUAUUAUUGGUGUAAUCAGAUUGAAAUUCAAUUCUUAUGUCAUUAUUGCUGAUAAACAUUCCGUCACUGGAUCAAUUUUGGGUCAUGAUAUUGGAUUUAUUGAAUCAUUUCAAAUCUUACCUAUUGGAAUCAAUGAUUUGGCGAAAAAGAAUUUAGAAGAAUUGAGUUAUUUGAAGUUAUUAACUACACAUUUGAAUAAUGCUACAUUAUAUUAUUCAAUCGAUAAUAAAUAUGACGUGACCAAUUCAUUACAAAGACAAUUCAAUAAAAGUAAUACUGGUGGAGUGGUACCUGUGGAUGAUAGAUUUUGGUGGAAUAAAUAUUUGACACAAGAUUUAGUAAAUAAUCAUGUUGGUAAUGAUUUUGUUCAUCCAAUUAUUUAUGGAUAUUUCAAGUCUCAUUCCGCUGUUUUCAACGGGAAAUCUUUACAAUUUGCCUUAUUGACUAGACGUUCUACUUUAAGAGCUGGAACAAGAUAUUUCCGUCGUGGAAUUGAUAUUGAUGGUAAUGUAGCCAAUUUUAAUGAAACCGAACAAAUUUUCAUUUCUGAUGAUAAUCAUCUUUUUUCACUUUUACAAACUAGAGGAUCAGUUCCAGUUUAUUGGGCAGAAAUCAAUAAUUUAAAAUAUAAACCAAAUUUGGUCAUUAGUUCUCAAUCUUCCUUAGAUGCCACUGAAAAACAUUUCCAUCAACAAGUUUUUUUAUAUGGAGAUAAUUAUUUGGUUAAUUUAGUCAAUCAAAAAGGAUAUGAAAAACCUGUGAAACAAGCUUAUGAAUCUGCCGUGAAUAAUUUACCAGAAAAAUUGGGUCAACAUGUUAAUUAUAUUUAUUUUGAUUUCCAUCAUGAAUGUAAGGGGAUGAAAUAUCAUAAAAUUAAUUUAUUAUUAGACAGAUUAAUUUCCUUAGGAUACACUCUGAAUAAUUAUUUUGAAUAUGAUUUAAAUGCUAAUAAAAUUAUCAGAUUACAAGAUAAAAUCGUUAGAACCAAUUGUAUGGAUUGUUUAGAUCGUACAAAUGUUGUUCAAAGUACUAUUGGACGUUGGGUAUUACAAAAUCAAUUUACAGAAACUAAUUAUUUAUCAUCCAAUAAUGUUACUCCUUUUGAAAAAUUGAAUCCUCAAUUCAAUUUAUUUUUCCAAAAUUUCUGGGCUGAUAAUGCCGAUGCUGUAUCUUGUGCUUAUUCCGGUACUGGUGCAUUGAAAACUGAUUUCACAAGAUUAGGUAAACGUACUUAUAAAGGUGGAUUAAAUGAUUUUCUUAAUUCUGUCACUAGAUAUUAUAAAAACAAUUUAACUGAUGGUAGUAGACAAGAUUCUUAUGAUUUAUUCUUGGGUAAAUAUAAACCAUUCCAAGAUUCAGUUAGAUCACCGUUUAUUGAUAGAAGAUCUCCUUAUAAUCAAUUAUUACCUUAUUUAAUGGGCACAUCAUUUUUGAUUUUAUUGGCAAUUAUUUAUUUCCCUAAAGGUUCAAUUUGGAAUUGGAAAAAUUUAUUCAUUAUGGCUUUUUGUAUUUUAUUUAAUUUGAAAAAUUUAUCAUAUAUUAAUAGUCAUGGUUAUCAAUUUGUUGAUUGGCCUAAAUUAAUUAAUUUGGAUUUCUUGAAGAAAAAUGAAAUUUAUACUAAUGGUACUACUGGGAAAAUUGUUGGUAUUAAAUAUGAAGAAGCAGAAAAUUUCACAGUUAAUAAUAAGAAAAAGAAUUGA